CAGCUUCAAGGGCUGUGUCUGUGGCACUGUGCCUGGCUAAAGUUCAUAACAUCGCCGAAUCCAAGCCACGACCUGCCUGUGGUUUGCUUGUCCGCUCUGAAAGGCCUUUACCCUGUUCACAGCGGCUUUCUUUCCCGGACCGGAAGGAGCUGUCUUUGGCGGUGGAUCCGGGGAAAUCGAAGGGAAGCUCUACUGAACCUCUGUUAUUGCUGGCAUCUCCUGCUGUUACGGACGAAUUACCCCCAAUGGCAGUGCUGAGUGUGUGGGUCGUGGGCACGUUGGCAGCACUCACUCUCGGCUUGUUCCUGCUGCUAAAGAUCAGGAGAAGAAGAGAGGGGGAGCCUCCCAUUGAAAAUGGUUGGAUUCCAUUCAUUGGUUGUGCUUUAGAGUUUAGUGCUAAUCCUCUUAAGUUUCUGCAAACUCGCCAGAAGAAAUAUGGAGAUGUUUUUACAUGUAAAAUAGCUGGAAACUUCAUCACGUUCAUCACCGACCCCUUCUCAUACAGCUCUGUAAUUCGACAUGGAAAACAUCUGGAUUUUCAGACCAUUGCAUUAAAAAUUUCAAGAAGGGUAUUUGGUCAUGCAGAUUUUACCGAUGCUAAAUAUGGCGUAAGCUAUGACGAGAUUCAUCAAAUCUUCAACAAGACCCUGCAGGGAAUCUCUUUGGACCCUCUGAUCUCAAGCAUGAUGGAAAACCUCCAGUUUGUGAUGUUACAAGACAAGAAAGAGUCAGAUUCUAGAAACUGGACCACUGAAAGCCUUUAUGCAUUUUCAUACAGGAUAAUGUUUGAAGCUGGGUAUUUAACACUCUUUGGAAAAAGUGAAAAAGAAAUGAAACAUAAUAAGAUUGAAAAGAUAAAGGCUCAGCAUACUGCCAUUCAGUCUAUCAUGGAGAACUUUAAGGUGUUUGACAAUGUAUUUCCUCUUCUGGCUGCUGGUAUUCCAAUUUUAUUUUUGAAAGUUGCCAAGCGAUCAAGAAUGGCUCUAGCACAAGCAUUACUGCACAAAAACCUAAGACAGAAUGACAAUAAAUCUAGCCUUAUAGAGGAAAGAAUGGCACUUUUUGAUCGUUCACCUGCACUUGAUGAUCUUAGCAAAGGGAAGACUCAUAUCACAAUGCUAUGGGCUUCACAGGCAAAUACACUUCCUGCUGCCUUCUGGAGUGUAUAUUAUUUACUAAGGUCUCAAGAAGCACUGAAAGCAGUGAAAAAUGAAAUUGAAAACUUGCUUUGUGUGACAAAUCAGAAGCCUGGAGACAUUAAUAAUCCCAUUAUCUUCACCAGAGAACAAUUAGAUAGCAUGACAGCUAUGGGUAGUCUAAUAAAUGAAAGUCUACGCUUAUCGAGUGCAUCAAUAAUGCUGCGUGUUGCUACUGAGGAUUUUGUCCUAACUCUGGAUGGGGGUACAAAGCUGGCUGUUCGAAAAGGAGAUCAAAUUGGUUUAUAUCCUCAACAACUGCAUUUCAAUCCAGAAAUUUAUGAGGAUCCCUUGGAAUUUAAAUAUGACAGAUUUGUGGAUGAAAAUGGAAGAGAGAAGACCACAUUCUACAAAAAUGGUAGAAAGCUGAAAUACUAUCUCAUGCCUUUUGGUUCUGGAACCAGUAUGUGUCCUGGUCGCUAUUUUGCAAUCAAUGAGAUCAAACAGUUUUUGGCUUUGCUGCUCUGUUAUUAUGACAUGGAACUGCUUGAUGCCACUGCACCCAUUCCACCCCUUGAUAACUCAAGGGUUGGACUUGGAAUUCUGCAACCAUUGCAUGAUGUUCAAUUUCGCUACCAGACCAAAUAAUAAUGGUAUAGUGAUUCCACAGAAGGCAGAAAUUUAACAUGCCCCCUUACAGAAACACAGCUUUUCCCCAUUGAUACCUAAAUGAAAAAUAACAUGUAGAAAAAA